ACACAGUUCACAUCACCUCAGUCUGUGCGUGGCCAGUGACGUAUACACACACACGCACAAGUACACACGUACACACACAAACAGACCCGUGUACGUUUUCCUCGCCCUCUCAAGACCUGUGUGUACCUAUGUGCGUGUGUGUGUACGUCUAGGAAAGCUAAAUAUAUAUGUAUGUACGUGAAGUGAUUCCUGUGUGUGUACGUAAAUCUCUGGUAUGUGUACGAUAGUUUGUGACCUGUGUACGUUUUUCUGGGCUGUGUACGUGAAAUUCUAGCGUGUGUACGUUUCUUUUGUGGUGUACGUUUUGUGGUCAUGUGUACGUGAAUUUUUGGCCUGUUCGUUUUUUUUUUUUUUUUUUAGCCUGCGUACGAUAAUUCUUGGCCUGUGUAUGAUUUUUAUGGACUGUGUACGUAGAUUUGUGACCUGUGUACGAAUGUAGAAAAGGAGGAAGAGGAGGAGGAGGAGGAGGAGGAGGAGGGAGAGAGGAAAGAAAGAAAGUGAAGAAGACAAAUAAAAAAGGGAGAUAGGAGAGAAGUAGGAAAACAUAAGGAAGAAGAAAAGGUAGAAAAAGAAAGAAGAGGGAGAAAUAGAGAAAAAGAAGAAAAUAGAAAAAAACAAAGAAAAAAGAAGGAAGAAGAGAAAAAAAUAAAUGAAGAUGAAGAAGAUGAGAACAAAACACAGAAAGACAGACAGAGAGCAGUAGACACACACACACACACACACACACUCAGUCAUGCAGCAGAAAUGGCUCUGCUUACCUCCUGCCUCUGUUGUAAUUUGCUUCUGGGCGCCAUUGCGAGUGGGGUAUAUGUCAUGAUGGUGUAUUUGCUGGCGUUCAUCAUCUCUGUCUGGUGGAUAGUGGAGCAGGGAGGUGAGGAGGGGGAGGGAGCGCCUGCACCUGCCUACCUGUUGUGUAUUGGGUACCUGGUGGUCUGCGUAGCCUCUGCCUGGAUGCUGCUAGGUCUAUACAAGAAGAGCUCGCGUGUCCUGCUGGCGUGGGUGUUCCUGAUGACUCUCUUCUGCUUCCCUGAGAUGGGCAUGGUGGCUUUUAUGACCUUCAUCCACUGGAAGAUCACGUCAGCUUAUGGCCUCGCUGACCUGAUAUUCUAUGUGUUCCGUGCUGCCUUCAAUCUGCUGUCAGUGUUGUGUGUGCAGUCGCAAUACUCCUUGUGGAGAGACGCAGCCACCACAACACACACGCUGAAGAGACUGCAACACCUCCAUUUGAAUCCUGUUGGGAAGAACAGUUAUGGAGGAGGAGGAGGAGGAGGAAGUGAACUUGGAGGAGGAGAAGAAGGAGGAGGAGGAGGAGGGAUUGCAUAUCAUAACCCAGCCUUUCUUGCAACACAGGAAGACCCCCCCUCCCCCACCAGGACUGCCCCCCUCCACUACCCAUCCCUCACCAGAUCUCUCUCCCGUGCCUCUUCCAUCACUGGCUGGGGUUCGGAGACAGCAAGGGGAGUGAGAGUGGGAGUGAGAGGCCCCACUCCCACUCACCUCCAAGUUAGGACCGGCCUGCCUGGUUGGGACCCGUACAUGAACCGAGAAUCUCAGUCUGAGUUCAAUGCUGCUACCUUCUCUCCUGCAUCUGUGGGAUUCAUGCCACUAGUUGGAGGAGGAGGAGGGGGAGGAGGAGGGGGAGGAGGAGGAGGAGGAGGAGGAGGAGGAGGAGGAGGAGGAGGAAUGACAGCAGCAAGAAGUGAUUUAAAUCUUUACUCCCCCUCCCCACCAUCCCCCACCCCCUCCCCCUAUACCAUCUACCACCACUCCCCACCCCAGCAUCUGUACCCCCUCCACCUGCCCCACCUGCCCCCCCUGCUGCCACCCCCCUCCUCUGCCUCUUGUGGGGGACGGCCUCACCUAUGCUGCUGCCACUCAAAGUCUGGACAGGCGGAGAUACGUGCGUCGCUGGCAGGGUGUUCGAGGCAGUGGCAGCAGCGGUGGCGGUGGCAGUGGCAGUGGUGGUGGUGGUAUCAACAGUGUGGUGACGAGCAGCCGGUCAUCACUGGGAGGAGAGAGUGAUGAUUUGAGGAGGUACAGAGAUGUGGCAUUGUGAGUCUUGCAUUGGAUUGUGGGAUGACUAUAUGUAAUUGUAUGUAAUUCUGGGUUAUUUAGUUUUUUUUUUGUGUAAGUAGGGUGAAUAUGUGUGUGUGUGUGUGUGUAAGAUUGCCAGUGUAAUAUAUAGAUAGAUAGAUUAUUGUUAUUAUUAUUAGUGAUAAGAGUGUGUGUGUGUGUGUUUUGCAAGGAUACUUCUUAACCUUGUGUUGUGUUGUGUUGUGGUGCUGUAGUUGUUAGUGCAGUGUUGUAGUGGUGUUGUGUUACUAAAAUGUGGUGCUUUGAAAGAUAUUUGUGUUGUGUUUCCAGCUGUAUUGUGAGUAGUGGUGUCUGUACGUGUGUGUGUCCAAAUGUAAUUGUAGUAGUAGUAGUAGUGGCUGAUUCUCUCUCUCUCUCUCUCUCUCUCUCUCUCUCUCUCUCUCUCUCUCUCUCUCUCUCUCUCUCUCUCUCUCUCUCUCUCUCUCUCUCUCUCUCUCUC